AUGCCCCACACAUCCCACAAAAAGCGCACCGCAAUCACAACCCAAAAACGCCUCCAAGUCACCGACGACGACGGCUGGACACACGUCACCUCGACCAGCAACGUCCGCCGCGUCCUCCGCCGGACACGAACGGGGAACAAGGAGCAGAACUCUGAUUCCCAGACUCAAGGACAAGCCCCAGCACAGGAUGAUUCCGAAACCAAUAUAAAGGGCGAAGUCGAGCUCGUUCUCGGCCCCGCAGAAGCACCGGGGCGAUUAACCCUCGAAGAACUGCAGACGCAGUAUCAAGGGUAUCGCGAGCGGUGGGGAAGCUCGGAGACGUGGAAACGACUAGAGGCACAGUUGGGAGAACGAUUUACAGGGUGUGCGGGUCCUAUUUCUGGCACUGGAUUUGAAUCUACACAGAAGAAGGGACCUGUGGACGCGGUUGUAUGCGUUGGACUCGGGAGUCCGAGUGGGUUUUUGCGUGGAGGGUGGGUUGAUCGACGGAGUGUAUCGAUGUAUCAACUCGCGGCGUUGGAAAGUAUUGCGCAGAGAGUAUCUAACACAUCAACAAAAAUCCCCAUCUACGCCCAAGACCCCGUCUUCAACACCCUCGACAAAUCCCUCCUCUCGUCCCUAAACAUAACUGUAAUCACCCACCCAGCAGCCUUCACCCUAAUCACACCGCAAACGCUCCUCUUCUGCCCCGGCGCCGAACGCAAACACCUCGAACAAUUACUGCCCUUUGAUCCUUAUAUGGUGUUUGGCGGGCCGUUGGAGGAUACCGAGUCUGAUAUUAUUCAGGAGUUUGCGGGGAGGGUGGGUUCGGUGGUUUUGGUGCCGUUUGAGGGGUGUGAGCAUGCGUUUUGGAAGACGCGGCUUUAUUAUCGGGAGGAGGGAGAGGGGGGUGUUAGUAGAGAGGUUUGA